AUGCGUUCUUCGGUCAAACUGUCCAAAUGGGGCAAGACAGAGAGUCGAAACCCGAGCUUCAGAUCGGAUGAGCCGACGACAACUGAUAAUCCGACUCCUGAGAGCUCUGCUGCCGACCCGAGUGUCGAUGGGCCGACGGGCCUCAAACUUCUUGCAAUCACGCUGGGCUUAUGCACAACGCUCUUCUUAGUUGGUCUGGAUAACAUCAUCUUAUCCACCGCCAUCCCGCGGAUUACGGAUGAAUUCAGCUCAAUCAACGACAUAGGAUGGUACGGCAGUGCCUACCUUCUUACGACUUGCACGUUCCAACUCACCUUUGGAAAACUCUACUCGCUUUUCUCCAUAAAACUAUUAUAUCUGAUCUCUAUGAUUAUCUUCGAGGUCGGGUCAGCAGUGUGCGGCGCAGCACCUCGAUCGACCGUCCUUAUCCUGGGUCGAGCUAUCGCCGGUAUUGGCUGCGCCGGGAUUCUAGCCGGGACGUUUACUAUCAUCGCCGUCAUAAUUCCUCUGCCCAAGAGGCCUGCGUACACCGGUCUCGUCGGCGGUGUAUAUGCGAUUGCCUCUGUAGUUGGACCGUUGCUGGGAGGAGCCUUCACGGAUAAAGUGACCUGGCGUUGGUGUUUUUACAUUAAUCUGCCCAUUGGGGCCGUUGCAUUUGUCAUCAUGCUCCUUCUUUUCAACCAGCCACCUCGACCGGAUAACGGAGAACGCAAGACGCUGCUUGAAAAGAUAAUGCAAGUUGAUCCCGUUGGCACACUCGCACUCAUGCCAGCAGUGAUUUGUCUUCUGUUGGCACUGCAAUGGGGAGGGACCACAUAUCCUUGGGCCGACCCAAGAGUCAUCGUUCUUAUUGUCCUCUUUGGCAUCCUAUCCAUUGCUUUUGUCUUCAUUCAAGCGAAGAACGGAAAGAACGCAACACUCCCAAUCAAGAUAAUCACGCAAAAAAGCGUUGCUGCAGCAUGCUGGUUCUCCGUAUGUACAGCUGGGGCAAACUUCACGAUGCGACAAUACAUCCCCAUCUGGUUCCAAGCCAUCAAAGGAGUGUCUGCCGUUGAGUCGGGAUUGAUGAACCUUGCCUUGAUUCUCGCCACAGCCGUGGCUUCAAUCCUGGCCGGGGUAGGCAUUACCCAGAUCGGGUACUACAAUCCCUUCAUGAUCGCAUCGACCAUCCUCAUGGCCGUCGGCUCGGGUCUCUUGACCACUUGGAAACCGGACAUUCCAACACGGAUUUGGAUUGGGUACCAGGUUUUGUAUGGUUUAGGCUCUGGCCAGAGCAUGCAAACUCCACUCGUUGUCGUUCAAACGGUCCUACCUAUGGAAGAAAUCCCGCUUGGGACCGCGCUGGUCAUGUUCUUGCAGACGUUUGGAGGUGCCAUCUUUAUUUCCGUGGCCCAAAACAUAUUUACCAACGAGCUUCGGGCCGGACUAGCCAGAGACCUGCCGAACAUCAACGCCACCGCCAUCGUCGAUGGCGGUGCAACAAGCAUCAGACAGCCGGGAGUGCUGCCACCUGAUGCUCUCGGCCCAAUGCUGCAAGUCUACAGCAAGUCUCUCACUAACUCUUGGUAUGUGGCGGUGGGACUUGCUUGCGCUAGUAUAGCCGGAAGUGCCCUUGUGCAAUGGAAGACUGUGAAGCAGGCGGGAUCGCCUGCCGUCACUGUUGAGAAUGGAAAUAAGAAUGAACGAGACGCAAAGGACGAUGGAAUGGAGAUGGAAUUUCAUCAAGAUCUGAGCACAAAUAGAUCGAAGAGAACCGACAUCUUCAACCAGCGGAACGAUGCGAUCUAA